GCAAAUUCAUUUUAUUCUCAAUGGUGAGAUUAGCUAAAGAAAUGCUGAUAGAAGAGUUGGUAAGCGUUCAACGAAUAAGAGAGGUUUUUCAAAUGUGGACUCUGGAACAUGUAAUGUUUGUUCUGCUCCUUGUUCAUCGUGCAUGCAUCGUAACGUAGGUGUCACAGGAUCAAAAUCGGAUGAGUCGUCAGAUGAAAAUGGGCAUGGAGUAGCUGGGAGCCAGUGUUCUGUAAAUGAGGACAGUCUUUUGCCUUCUGUUGUGGUUAAUUCAAAUAUCGCUGCUAGUGAGGCAAGCAACCUUGUUAAUUCCAGUCAUGAUGCUCUCUCUGAGAAUGCUGAGAGUAGGGAAAGUGUCAGACGUUCUGGGAGCAUGAUGAAACAUAAAGUGUCUGCGUCAGUUGAUGUGUUAGAUCAGAGCUCUAACUGUAUAGAAGGACAGCAAGAUGAAGACAGAGACAGUUCAGAGCGGGGAGAUUUAAAUGAAAAAUUAGGACCAGGGGGUAACAAAGACGGGGAGGAACAGUCUGUAGAAGGAUCUACUCCUUCUGGCCAGAAAGGGAAGGAUGGGAAGUCAAGUAAAAGCGCUUCUGUCAAUAAAUCAGAUGAGUCGGUCUCAUCAGUUAUGUCUGAAAGCGAGAGUGAGGAUGCUGAGGUGGAACAUGAUGUAAAAGUUUGUGAUAUCUGUGGAGAUGCGGGUCGUGAAGAUCUGCUUGCUAUUUGCAGCGGAUGCAGUGAUGGUGCAGAACACACCUAUUGCAUGCGGGUAAUGCUCGAUAAAGUUCCAGAGGGUGAUUGGCUUUGUGAAGAAUGUGAGGAAGCUGAAAAACAGAAGCAAGAAGCUAAAAGAAAAAUAGAAACUGAGUUAAACCUCAGUCCACAUAGCUCGGGAAAAAGGCACGCAGAUAAGAUUGAGGGAGCUCCAGAUGCUAAAAGACAGGCGGUUGAGGGUUCAACUGGGUCACCCAAGAAAUCUAUGCUCCCCAGAAUAGGUCCAUUAUCUCGGGAAACAUCAUUUAAGGGCUUAGACAGGCCAAGGGGAAAGUUAAAUCAUCAAGCAUCUUUCAGUGAUACCACAGAAGGUGCACGAUCUACUGGUUUACAGCUUCAACCUCCAAAAGGUACAUUUUUAAAAUCCAGUUCCUUCAAUUCUUCAAGCUCAAAACCGAAAGUGCAACUCAUGGAUGAUGUUAUUCUCCCAAGAAAGAAGACUGGGAAAGAAUACACUCCUGUGGAUGUAAAGGAGGGGGAUGUUGGAAUUGUAAGCAAAUCAAUGUCAAGUAGAACAACAGGCACUGGGAGUUCUACUGGAAACGACUCACAAGCAAAAAUCCUUGCAUCGAAAGUUCAUUCACAAGAAGGCAAGAGCUCAAAGCAACUGAAAGAUCGUAGUACAGAAGCUAAUGCGUCAGCAGCCUCCACCGAUCAGAAGCUUAAUUCACGCAGCAGUUUGCAGUCUGAUGGUAAACGAGGUAGCUUGACGAAGCAAGUUAGCAAUCUAAACCGGAACCGUCUAGAAAAUCCGGUUGCUUCUGGCAACUCCCGCGAGCAAAGUGCAAGUCAAGCUGACUGUAAGGAUGAACUGACAUCCACAUCGUGUGCAGGUGAGGGUGUUCCAAGCAACGGUAACGUAGCUUCGCAGGAUGGAUUACUGCGGUCCAGGGAAUUUAGAGAGGUAGGAAAGAAAAACAAAGAAGCCUUAGGUAAGCGCCAAAGGUCUAGCCUGUUAUCAGGUGGAAAAGGAUUACCAUCUUCUCAAAAAGGAGGCCAGACUGCAGAGUCUAGUGACACCUCUGGCGUUUCUGAUAGUGAUCCCUCUACCACAAAAAUUGUUCGGGAGGAUAUAAAUAAGGGUAAUAGGUUGCGAGCAGCAGUAGAUGCUGCUCUCCGUAAAAAGCCCAGCUUUAGCAAGAACCGAGUAUUGGAGCAAUGUGAUGCAGCUUUGGCAUCUAAUGUGCAUUCUAAUUCUGAUAAAACUUUACGAGAUCAACUGCCAUCAAAGAUGCCUACGACUUCAUGGCCUGCUCCUGACCCGUACAAACAGACUUUUGUAACAAAUGGGAAGCAGCUCGUACCCUCUGGUGCUGAUGCGUUGCCUCCACGAUCCGUAGAACUUGAAGUUAGUACUUCCUCUGUGAAGCCUGUUAUGAGAGAUUGGCCAUUAGUAUCCCCACUUGCUCUGUUGAGAAACUCAGCCAUUCCAGACCAUGAAUCCAUAUGGCAAGGAAACUUGGAGGUGCGGAAAGCUAGAGAUCAAUCAGCUAUGCAUAGCGGAAUUCAAGCACAUCUAUCAACCUUAGCAUCACCUAAGGUUGCUGAAGUGGUGAAUAAAUUUCCAGAAAAGUUUAGCUUGAGUGAAGUACCUCGGCUAAGUACAUGGCCUGCACAAUUUCAAGACAUAGGUACUAAGGAAGAUCAUAUAGCUCUGUUCUUCUUUGCAAAGGAUGUUGAGAGUUAUGAGAGAAAUUACAAGCCCCUGGUUGAUAACAUGAUGAAGAAAGAUUUAGCCCUAAAAGGGAACCUCGAUAAUAUUGAGCUUUUGGUUUUUGCAUCUAACCAGCUUCCUCCGAAUUGCCAACGUUGGAACAUGUUAUAUUUCCUUUGGGGUGUAUUCCGAGGAAGAAAAGAGACUUCUACUGUUAACCCACAAAAGAACCCACCUUUGCCUGCUCCAAAUGUUUUACCGCGUGACCAAGACCCCAGUGACUUGUGCCAAACGAGUUCUCCUUCCAAGCAUUUGGAGAAAGCGUCUUCUCUAUGCGAGAGCUCACACAACAUAAAUGGAACUCAAAGUAGGACAGAUGUAUCUAGACAUGAGAAUCCAAGUGACAGAGAAUCCUCUAUUGAGCGAUCAUCGAACACAAAGGUGGAAGUUGCUAAGGAGGAAGAACCAGGUGCGAAUUAUAUUGCUUGUCAAGCUAAUGGAUCAAACUCUGGAGAUAAUCUAGUGAAGAAGGUUCAGCAGCACAUUGAAGAACAAGAAUUAGGUGGUGGAAAGGCUGUGCCCAUGACUGUCACGGACACAGAGAUUCUGCCCCAUGGCCAAGACAAUCCUCUAGAAAAAGAUGUCAACUAUAGUCAGGCUAGUCAGAGGAAGCGUCCUCAUUGGGAACUGAUAAGACCUGCCACCGAAAACCAGAAAGUGGAGCUCAGUAAUGAAGCUUUAAGCGAAGAAUCUCCGAAUAAGAAGCUGAAGACAGAAACCCAAAGCGGCAGCAGCAGCAGCUUUUCACAGGAUACAAAUGGGAAUGAUUCAGGGAUGAUGAAGAAGAGUCCCAAAGUGGUGUUCCCUUUGGACUUGAAUGCGGAAAGAGGAGAAGAAGAAGAAGACAUGGAACCAGUUGAUGAUCUCAUUCCACUUGGCAAUAACAACAACAACAAUCAGAGUGGGAGAUUGAUUGGUACAGUCCCGAAUCUGGAGCUGGCAUUAGGAGGUGAAGAAACAAGGCAAGAAGAAGGGGCAAUGGGACUAUUGCCUUUCUUAGCCGGAAGAAGCAACUCUGAGGAACAAAGUAGUAGUCAUAGUAAAGGAAAAGAGAAGGAAGAAGAUGAUGUCUCAGCUUCUCUGUCGUUAUCAUUGUCGUUUCCGGGAGAGGAGAGGAAGAAUGCUGAUAAGAAGACUCCAUUGUUUCUCUUCAGAGACCUUCCCAGAUAA